UUAAAUGAUCAACUUAAUCCACCCCACCUGUUCCACGACCAUGUAUUUAUUUGGCGAUGACAAAACCCACCGGCUAUGAAAAUUCAAUUUUGUGGCAGCCCUAACCAGCGACUAUGAUGAGAUCGAGCCGCACCAGGUCAUUGAUCCCCUCGCCGUCCACCGCGCCAGCUGCAGCCACGGCGACCGCCACCGUAACCCUUGAGAAUGCUUCGUCAUCUUCUGAUCAGCAGCCGCAAAUUACCGAUUCUUUGGUGUUGAAGCUGAAGCCUCCGAGAAAGAGGGUGUCGUGGAAGGAAGGGACGGUGGACAACGAGUUUAUGAAUAAGAAAAGCUCGAAGAAGUGCUGUAUUUUUCACAAGGAGAAGCCCUUCGACGAGGAUGAUUCCGGUUCGGAGGGCGAGGGCGACGGCUGCUGUCACGAUCGCGAGAGUGGUGGAAAAUAUAAUCAUGAUCGGAACAAUCACAAUCAUGGCGGCGAGGGAAACUGUUACCGUGUUCCAUGAGUGAAUCUUUAGUGGAUUAGUUAUGGUCGAUCUCAUUAGAUUCUUGUAAUAGUUUAAUGGACUUUGAGUUCGGUUCAUUACCAUAUUGGUGAUCUUUGGUGGCUAUCUGUAAUUGUUGGAGUUUGAUCACAGUACAAAAAAAUGGGAUAUACUAUAAUUGGAAUCAUUGAUCUUUUUA